AUGUCCUUCGCAUCUGCGGAGAAGGAGGUGAGGUCCUCAUUGUCUUCCCAACCCCAGCCCCAGGCCACCGAUAUCGUCGAAUCCGCCGCUUCGCAGGAUGGGCUCAGCACACCGGGCGCGCCUGGGGCGUCGGAACCGCCGGCCAACACACCGGUGCAGCUGGCCCUGAUCCUCGUCGCUUUGUGCCUCGCCGUCUUCCUGGCUGCCAUUGACUCCGUCAUUAUUACUCCUGCCAUGCCAACAAUCACCAAAGAGCUCAAUGCCUCGGACGCCGGCUUUGCCUGGAUUGGUUCUGCCUACCUCUUGGCCCUCUCAGCCACGUCGCCCUUUUGGAGCAAAGUGAGCGACAUAUUUGGCCGAAAGCCCAUCCUCAUCGUUGCCAACGUUAUUUAUCUCAUUGGAAGCUUGGUUGCCGCCCUAUCCAACAGUCUCGUGAUGCUCAUUGCCGCUCGUGCCGUCCAGGGCACGGGUGGUGGCGGUCUCAUCACCCUCGUCGAGAUUUCCGUGGGUGACAUGUUCAGCCAGCGAGAACGCGGUCUCUUUUACGGAAUCUACGGUGCUGUCUGGGCGGUUUCGACUGCCAUUGGACCUGUUAUCGGCGGCGUUUUUACUGAGCGCGCGACUUGGAGAUGGUGCUUCUGGUUCAAUCUGCCUUUCGAUGCCCUGUCACUCAUCAUCACCAUCAUCUUCCUACACACCCACAACCCAAAGACGCCCCUAGUCAAAGGCCUCAUCGCCAUCGACUGGGUAGGCUCCGUUCUGAUUAUCGGCGCCACCCUUAUGUUCCUGAUUGGGCUCGACUCGGGCGGCGUCUCCCACCCGUGGGGUUCUGCCUUCGUCAUUUGCCUCAUCCUCUUCGGCGUCGUCGCCUACGUUUUAUUCGGCAUUUACGAGCGGUAUGCGCGCUACCCCGUCAUCCCCCGCCGCAUCUUCGUGGGAUUGUCCCGCUCUUGCAUCUUUGGCGUCGUCUUUUGUCACGGCGCAGGCUUUAUCGCGCCCAUCUUCUUCCUUCCGCUCUACUUCCAGGUUGCGCUUGGCGCCACCCCCAUCCAGUCCGGUGUUUGGAUGCUGGCCAUCGCCAUCUCCUUCACUUUGUCCGGCAUCAUCAUGGGUAUCGUCAUACAGCGCACCGGCCACUACCUAUGGAUCAUCCGCGGCAGCAUGGCUCUCUUUACGCUAGCUGUUGGCCUGAUGGUCACUUUCGGCCCAACGCGCGACUGGCCGCGCAUCAUCAUCUUCCAGAUUCUGCUCGCGGCCGGCAUUGGCGCCAACAUGCAGACGCUGGUCAUCGCCAUCCAGGCACUCGUCGCCCCGGAGGACAUCGGCGUCGCUACGGGCACGCUCAACUUUGUGCGCAACAUAGCCACCGCCAUCAGCGUCGUGCUGGGGCAGGUCAUCUUCCAGAGCAUGCUGGCCAACCAUACUAUCGACCUGGAGGACUCGGGGAUCCCAAGCGACGUGGUGCACCGGCUCGUCAACGGCGGCGCCAUCUCCGGAUUCGGGCUGACCGACGGGUUUACCAAGCCGCAGCGCACCGCCUACGCCACGGCCUUCUCCGACGCCAUGUCCAAGAUGUGGAUCUUCUACACGGUGCUGAUCUUUGUCGGUUUCCUGCUUUCGUUCGGUAUCCGCAAGAAGGAGCUCAUGACCUCGCACCAGGUUACCAAGACCGGGCUUGACGCCGAGGAGGCCAAGCGCCGGAAGUUUGAGACGCCCAAGGAUGGUAGCGAUGCGGUGGCUUCCAUUGACCAAAAGCCGCCGGUACUCUUGUGGAAGGGGGAGGGCAACGAUUCCUCGCAGAUCCUUCUUGUCGUGAAGGUUUUUUGGGAAUCAUCGACGGGAACAGCCACGGUUGGCUUCGUGCACGCCGGUGGAGGCACAUGGGCGAGUAGCUCGCUCAGAUACGCGCCCCGACCCUCCAACGGCAAAUUAGCCCUUGACAAAGAUGAUGUGUGCCACAAGAACUUGAGUCUCGCUUCGCAUAGCUAUAACAGCAUCUGCGAUUAUGCCCGUAGAUUCAUUCAGGAGUGUGGACUCGAUAUCGAGAAGGUCAACUCGGAAGUCGCGGAUCUUGACUUGGUUGUCUCCCUCGAGUCGUCCCUUGUGCAUGAGCGUCCCGUCCGGGCGGAGGCGACCGACGUGGCCGGUUCUGUAGGAAACGUUAACGUCCCAGGCCGAUACGAACCCGUUAGUCAGAAACUCCUCGUUCGAUCUCGCCCGGAAAUCCCUGCGGCACGAAGUUUCAAGAUCUAG